AUGAUUGCGAAUUUUUUAAUUAUUGGGAGAAAUGAAAGUCUUUGUAUUAAAAAUAUUUACGAUAAUAUAGGUGAUCAUUUUCAGCAUACAAAUUUUUAUAAAAAAAUUUUUAAUUUAAUAUAUGAUAUUAACAAGGAUGAUCUGGAUAAAAUGAAUAAAUUAUAUAGUUUAUAUGAGAACUACAGUAAACUUAACACUAUUAUAGAUAGUAACCAGGAUCUGGAUAAACAACAAUUAUUAACUCUCUCAACUGCAUGUUGUACUGAUUACAUUAAAGCUAGUUAUAUAUGCAAUGGUGGUAAUAAUAAAAAUAAUAAUAAGUUUUGUGAAAAACUAAAAGCUUUUAAAUCAAAAUAUGAAGAACUUUAUAAUAAAGUAGAUACUAAUGGAUUUGAAAUUUCAGCUAAUUUUAAAAAAUUAACACAAUGCGGAAAUACUAAUAUUGUAUCAACAGCACUUGUAGGAACAGCGGUUGGAUUGAUUCCCUUAUUGGGGGUAUUAUACAAGUUUACUCCUCUUGGACAAUAUUUUAAUUAUAAAAAAAGAAAAUUAAGUCAAUUGUGCAGAAAUAAUAAUGAAGAAAUGGAUAAUAUAAAAUUAAUGGAUCAGGAAAGUGAACAUAUAAGUUAUCAGCAAGGGGGAUUUAAUAUUAAAUAUCAUUCUGUAUGA